AUGGCUGCUCCAUAUGUUUUAUUAGCUAGAUCCCUCCUUCAGGAGGUGUGUAGGAGAGGUGCGGAUUGGGACGAGCCGUUGACCGACAGUGAAAGGGCGACCUGGAACAAAUGGAUGGAACGGACAUCAAUAUUGUCACGGGUUAGUGUACCUAGGUGGAUGAAACUCGACUCAAAUACAGAUGCUCAACUGCAUAUAUUCUGCGAUGCGUCGGAGAAGGGUUACGCUGCUGUGGCCUAUCUGCGCGUUGAGAAUCAAGGUAAGAAACCUUCUGUAGAAUUUGUUCUUGGUAAAGCUAGGGUUACACCAAUUAAACUUGUCACUAUCCCUAGGUUAGAGCUAAUGGCUGCAGUAUUAGCUGCAACGCUCGAUAGCACCAUCAGAAGGGAAAUUGCCUUCUUAUUUAAGGAAACAGUCUAUUGGAGCGACUCCAUGAUAGUCCUAAGCUAUAUCAGAAAUGAAAGUCGUCGCUACAAAACCUUUGUAGCUAAUAGAGUAUCUAAGAUACUAAGCGUCUCUAAUAAACACCAAUGGAGGCACGUACCAAGUGAAGAAAACCCCGCUGACGAAGGUUCCAGGGGCACAUACGAAUUAGGUAAGUGGUUAACAGGCCCAGAAUUCUUGCCAAAAGACGAAUCAAACUGGCCCGUAUCCAGAUAUAUCGAAAAUGAUCAGGUAAGUCAUGACCCAGAAAUUAAAAAGUCGGUGGUAGUAAACCAGGUAACGAUAGGUGAUGGUCGUCUUAUGGCGGCGAGGUUAACAUCUAAGUACUCAUCUUGGUCGAAGCUUGUACGUGUCCUUGGGUGGAUCUUACGAUUUGUAAAAUCCCUCAGACUCAAGGUGAGACAUCAACCCGUAGUAACAAGCAACCUGCUUGUGUCAGAACUGCAAGAAAGUGAGACAAUGAUUAUUUCAUGGAGACAAAGGCAGUCGUUCCCGAACUGGAAAUCAGACGAGCGACUCAAGAAUCUGAAUCCAGUACUGAUAGGUCAAGUAAUUAGAGUAGGAGGUAGGCUUGAUCGUGCUAGAAUCGACUAUGAUGCCCAACACCCAAUUAUAUUGGCUAACGAUAGUCAAUUAGUCAAGUCACUAGUGAUGUAUUACCACUUGAAGGUUGGACAUAAUGGAUGGACAGCAACAUUGAACGCUCUCCGAGAAAGAUUUUGGAUCCUAAAAGGUAGAUCAGUGGUUAAAGGCAUCCUUAGAAACUGCGUUACUUGCAAAAGAAUGAAUGCAAGAAGGUGUGAACAGCAGAUGGCAUCUCUUCCUGUCGAACGCAUCACUGCAGAUAAACCACCUUUUACUUUCACCGGUGUUGAUUAUUUCGGUCCCCUAGACGUCCGACAAGGUCGUUCUACUGUCAAACGAUAUGGAUGUAUUUUCACUUGUCUUGUUUCAAGGGCUGUCCACCUUGAGGUUGCUGAUAGUCUAAGCACAGAUUCUUUUAUAAACGCUUACAGGCGAUUUGUGGCCAGGCGUGGCGAACCGUCAAAAAUGUUCAGUGAUAACGAAACUAACUUCGUUGCAGGUGAAAAAGAGCUUAGAAAAGCCUUGACUGAUAUGAACCAAAGUGUCGUAGAAGAAUUCCUUCAUACCAAGGGUGUUGAGUGGCACUUUAACCCACCUGCAGCUAGCCACUUUGGCGGCGUUUGGGAACGCCUAAUAAGAUCGGUAAGAAAAAUAUUGUGUAAUGUUCUUAAACAACAGGUGAUUAACAAUGAUGUACUACUAACGGUUUUAGCCGAAGCAGAAUCAAUAUUGAAUUCUAGACCACUCACAGACUUAUCACCAGAAGCUUAUGACGAUGAGCCAUUGACACCUAAUCACCUUCUCUUAAUGCGAAAGGGCCCUUUUGCUCCUGUAGGUAGAAUUGAAGCUUAUGGCAAAAGGCGUUGGCUCCAGGUACAGUAUUUAGCUUCGCUUUUUUGGACCCGCUGGAAGAGGGAAUAUUUUCCCCUUCUUCAGAAACGGCACAAAUGGACAACACCAAGACAAAACGUAGAGGUAAGUGACAUUGUUCUUUUAGUAAAUGAGACCCUUCCCAGAGGAAGAUGGCCGAUGGGAAAAGUCCUGUCUGUCUAUAGAAGCCAGGACGGAAGAGUACGCAGUGUCGAUGUCAAGGUAGCAAGAGGUGUUCUAAGACGUCCAAUCGCCAAGCUAUGUAUAAUAUACAGAGGAUCCAUUGCAAAGAAGCAGUAG